AGGAGGCUGUCUUCUGCUCCAGCUCCUCCUCAUCUCCACCGCCACCAUCCUUUGCUCUGCAUCCCUCUGUCCACGAAUCAGCAUUGCUGCUGGGGCUGUCACAGCAGCUUCAGCAUCUUUCCAUCAUCCAUCUCUGCACCAUCCUCUCCAUCCUUGGCAGCAUUAAUUUUUCACUGUGAAGAGGCGUGCACCACCUAUAUCUUAAAUCUCUCUCCUCACUCCCAGAGUUUGGAAGCUGAAUUAGACAGCAGCCAGUCAGUCACAUCGUGGGCGACUUUACCCUGCUACAUCCCCAUUCUCUCCCUCCGCUCAGCUGGGCUUGUCAUCUCAGAGUCUCCCUCUCCCAUCGUCUUCACCAUCGUUCACUCUCUAAAGCACUGUUUGGCAAAAAGCAGGCAAGCUGUCUCUUCUUCCAAAGAAAGUGUAUUUUGGUUGGGCAGCUGGUCUUCCGCUGUCCCUCUGGAGGAUGAUCCUGUGGAUGAAGACAGAAGAAAUGGCCCUUGGGGAGCUCUUGGAGAGACUGAGGACUGUCACCCAAAGCAUAGAUGAGAUCAUGCAACUGCACCACAGUCCCCUCCGUGCAGCUGAUAUUAUCCCUGACCUCAAAAAGCAGUUUGCCUUCCUUUCAGGAGGUAGAGGAGAUAAUGGCAGCCCAAUCAUUGUGUUCCCAGAAUUUCCUGCAUUUGGGGAGAUCACGGAUAAAGAGUUCCACAACGUGCUGACCUACCUGACAAGUGUGCCAAGCUUAUCAUCAACAGACGUGGGUUUCAUCCUGGUCAUUGAUCGCAGGCAAGACCGAUGGGCGACUGUCAAGGGGACGCUCCUUCGUAUUGCAGGCUCCUUCCCUGCGAACCUCCAGCUGGUUCUGGUUCUAAGACCCACAACCCUCCUGCAACGCACACUCUCAGAUAUCCUCUUCAAGUUCAACAAGGAUGAGUUCAAGAUGAAGGUGCCAGUGAUUAUGCUGAGUUCUGUAACUGAACUGCACUCCUACAUUGACCGCACCCAACUGACACAGGAACUCGGGGGAACACAGGAGUACUGCCACGAGAAGUGGAUCUCACAUCGUACUGCUAUUGAGGGCUUUGCAUUAAUGGUUAAGAGAACAGCACAGACCCUGCAGUCACUGGGGACUGAACUGGCAGAAACUGAACUCCCAAAUGAAAUCCAGGCCACAACACUCCUGCUGAGCACACACACCAACAAGAGAGACAAAAUGAAGGAGGACAUACUGGUGGCUCUGGGUCAGGGCAGCAUGCUGCUGGAGAGCAUCAAUGAGCCUGUGAUGCGAGACCCAGACCACAACAUGAACCAGGAUGAAUUGGAGAACCUAGCAACAGUGCAAAGGCUGCUGUCUCAGCUGGAUGAGACAGAGAGGGCUUUCGAUGAGUUCUGGGUGAGGCAUCAGACCAAACUGGAGCAGUGUCUGCAACUGCGCCACUUCGAGCAUAACUACAAAGAGGUGAGGGCUCUGCUGGAUCAGGUGUCUGAGAAACUUGCAACCUUCUCUGAAGUGGGGAUCAGCCCAGCCCAUGCUGACCAUAUCCUCUGUGAACUCACCACCUAUGAGGAGAGAGUCUGUGAGAUUGUGGACAGAGCUUUGGCCUUGUGUCAUGAGGGUGAUAAACUUAUCCAGAACUCUCACUAUGCUGAAGACUCCAUUCAGCCCAAAUGCAGCGAGCUCAGAGAAGUCAGUGAGAACGUGAGCAGCAAUCUGAGAUCCAAAAAGGACCACCUGCUUAAAGCCAUGGAGCUGCACCAUCGGUUGGAGAGAGCAUCCCGAUGGGUUGAUGAUGGAAUUUAUCUGCUGGCAUCUCAGCCAGUAGACAAGUGUCAAUCACAUGAAGGGGCAGAGUUGGCCCUGCAGGAGCUGGAGCGUUACCUGGACAACGCAGGUCAGAACCAACUGACUGACCUCAGCACCAUCUGGAAGGAGUAUGAGGCUGUGCUGAACCAGCAGCUCAGGGACCAAGUGGAGAAAGUUUACCAGAAGCAGGCCUCCAUGCAGGAGAUGUUUGAUAAGAGGAGGGUCAGCCUCAAGAAGCUAGCAGCCAAACAAACCAGGCCUGUACAGCCAGUAGCCCCAAGACCUGAAGCCUUCAUCAAAUCGCCUCUCAGCUCACCCGCGCACAGACUGAAACAGGAGAAAAACUGCUCAGACUCCAACAACAGCUGUGACAAAGGCAACGGGCAACUGCAGAACGGAGAUGGUAACAGCAGACAUGCGUCUCUGUCAGAGGAGGAGGAGAACCUGGCUGUGCUCAGGCGGCAUGUCAUGAAUGAGCUGCUGGAAACUGAAAGAGCCUACGUGGAGGAGCUGCUCUGUGUUUUGCAGGGAUAUGCCUCUGAGAUGGAUAAUCCAGCAAUGUCUCACCUCAUCCCAGCCCCUUUGCAGAACAAAAAGGAGGUUCUGUUUGGGAACAUGCCAGAAAUUUACCACUUUCACAAAAGAACUUUUUUGAGAGAGUUGGAACAGUACACUGACUGCCCAGAGCUGGUUGGAAGGUGCUUUUUAGAGAGGAUGACAGACCUGCAGAUCUAUGAGAAGUACUGUCACAACAAACCUCGCUCCGAAAGCCUUUGGAGGCAGUGCUCAGACUGCGCCUUCUUCCAGGAGUGUCAGAAAAAGCUGGAACAUAAGCUGGGUUUAGAUUCUUAUCUGCUGAAGCCAGUUCAAAGGAUUACCAAAUAUCAGCUGCUACUAAAGGAAAUGCUGAAGUACAGUAAGGGUUGUGACGGAGCUGAAGACCUGCAGGAGGCGUUGACCUCCAUCUUGGGUAUUCUCAAGGCUGUCAAUGACUCCAUGCACCUCAUUGCAAUUACAGGAUAUGAGGGAAAUCUCAGUGAGCUGGGUAAGCUCCUGAUGCAAGGGUCAUUCAGCGUGUGGACAGAGCACAAAAAAGGCCACGCCAAGGUUAAGGAUCUGGCUCGUUUCAAGCCCAUGCAGAGACAUCUCUUCCUCCAUGAGAAAGCCCUGCUGUUCUGCAAGAAGAGGGAGGAGAACGGGGAGGGCUAUGAGAAAGCUCCUUCAUACAGCUUCAAACAGUCUCUCAAUAUGACUGCAGUGGGUAUUACAGAAAAUGCAAAGGGAGACAACAAAAAGUUUGAAAUCUGGUGCAACUCCAGAGAAGAGGUCUACAUUGUUCAGGCACCAACAGCUGAAGUAAAAACCACAUGGGUCAAUGAGAUCAGGAAGGUACUGACAACCCAGCUGGAGGCUUGCAGAGAAGCCAGCCAGCAGAGGGGACCAGAUCAAGUUUUCCAGUUUCCACCUGCGCCCAGUGGGACAGUAAAUCUCAGUCCAUUUAAGUCUGGUCAGAAGAGCUUUAAAAAGGGAGAGGAGAAGAAAGCUGAGCCCUGUAGCCUUGAUGUCCACUCCUCAUCUUCACCAAAGCUCACAGGAAAAGAUGAGGUUGUGACAAGCCCGACCUCAGACAGAGCUGCUGUGGCUAAAAAGCGAUUUACUUUACAGGGAUUCAGUAACCUCAAAGCUCAGAAAGAACCCUCAACUACUGAUGACAAAAGUUUUACAUUACCCAUUAUAAUCUUCCCAUCACCAGGCUCUCCCACCAGCCCAGAUCAGAAGACGAAACGCCAGAGUGAUCCCACUCCAUUUGGCUUCAAAGAUGCAGGUCCUCCUUCCCUCCACCUGACCAGAGCCAGGUGGUUCAGCACCUCUAGUCUCUUACAGAAUAAAUGGAGAGGCUGGAACAAGGCCUCUCUGUCUCUGGAUGCAUCUGAAGAACAUGAAGGUUAUUCCAGCGCUGAGGAUCCUCUUAAUUCUGACCCAGAGGAUGAAAACAUCAAGAAGCUGUGUGCUGGGAAAUACACCGUGAUGGCCGACUAUGAGAAAGUAGGUGCUCAAGAGUUCUCAGUGAAGAGUGGAGACAUGGUUCAGCUGGUGAAGGAGGAAGGCGAUGGACAGUGGUUUGUGCGUAACCUGAACACAUCGAAGGAGGGCUGGAUUGCUGCUGCUAAUCUUAUCACCCUCAUUGGAAAGUCCAAGUCUUGCCAGUCUCUCACCAGCUCAGAAGGCAGUGGCUCUGGUAACCUCAGCACAUCAUCCAGCUGCAGUGAAGCCUACACAAACUUCUCGGACAUCAAACCCUGAACUCUUCAGUACUUCCGCCGUCAUGGAACUGCCCUCCAGAAUGCUAGCAUCAUGUUGCUGUAUCUGUGCUGUGUUGCCAACAUCAGUACUCUUCUUAAUUUUGCACAGAAAGCUGUAUUUUUCCAUUUUUAUCACACACAAGCACUACAUGUUAGGACUGUGGCACAUCUUUUGUAGCUAACUAUUAUAACCAUCAUUCAGUGAUUAUACAGAACAAAUUUACAGAUCAAGUAACAUCACAGUUUAGAAAUGUGGCUUUCCUCUAGUCUCAGAUUUGUCUGGUUAUGUUCAUGUUCAUGUAAUAGAUGUAUGAAUGACCCAGCAGGACUGAUCUCACUUAAUGCAUCUAUUUCUGUUCAGGGAGAGAGGUGGGGCAUAUCACGUGGAUGACAACUGUCUUUACAUUAAUCUGCACUAAUUUAACAUUUUCAUUUUUCAAAUGUUACUGUAAUAAUAAAAAAGGGAAAGAGAAAUAUGUGUGGCUUGUUUAGCUUGAAUGUUUUCCUUGUUUCCCAUUGACAUGUUUAUUAGGAGACACCCAUAUGUAUUUAUCCACUGAUUUCCUUCUUGUCCUUCCUUUUGUUGUGUUUAUGCUCCAACUGUCAGUUUCCAUCCUGUCUUUAGAAACGUUUUUUCUGCCACCAGCUGUCCUGAAUGAGUGUGAACUGUUCUCCUUUCAUGUUCUCAUGGUCCAGUACUUUUUGGGCUUUCAUAAAUGCAACAAAUGUUUCUCAGUGUGAUGAGCCAGAGAUCACUGUAUAGAGAUAACUUAUUCCCUUCAGAAGGAUCAUGUUCUGAAUGUAGAUAUUGUGAAUUAAUAUGUCUGUCAUGAGAUGUUUGUUAAUGGAGAUGAUAUAUUGUACAUUAAGUAUGGUGAUGUCACUCUUUUGUGACUGGUCUAAUUUUUUUACAUAAACAACUUAUGGCAAUUCAA